GGCGUGGCCUUCUCGCCGGCGCAGCGAGACACGAGCGCGGGCUGGGACCGGCAGCGGUCCCUGGCCACGCGCAGCGGGGCCUUCCCCGCCGGCGUGCCGGCGGGCAUGGCCACGUGCAGCGGGUCCUUCCCCGCGGCGGGCGGCGGCGCCACCGCAACGUUCCAGCACCCGGCGGCGCAGCUCGGCUUCGGCGCCGCGGCCGGGGCGCUGCCGACGCACCGCCCGUCGGGAGUGUGCUCUGCCGUGGAGCUUGCUGGCGUCGCCGGGGCCAGCGGCCAGCAGAGUCGCUGGCGCAUGUCGCCGGGAACCUCUCCCGCCGUGGCACAGGCGACCCAUGCGUCCGUGGUGCAGCGCGGCGCCUCGGCAUCGGUGCUGGCCGGGGCCGCGCUGAAGGCGCACGGAGGGUCUGUGACGACCACAGCCUCGCCGGCGCCCAGCAGCAGCCGCGCGGCGCUGGUCAGCGGCGCUUGCGGCGCGGCGGACCUGCUGGCCAGCCGCGCCCUGUCCGGCGGCUCCUCGGCCACGACGCUGCCGCCGGGGGUGGUGGCCGAGCUCCUGGAGGACGCCGCGGAUCGGGCGCCCAGGGCCGUGCUCCACCGCCCCCUCCUCGGCGGCAGCGGCCUCGCCGUGGGGCGCCGCGGGGGGGGCAAGCUCCGUGUCGCCUGGGAGGGCGUGGCGGCGACGUGCUCCGAGCCGGCGAAUGGCAAGGCGAGGGCCGCGCCGAAGGUCGUCGCAGAGCCCGUGCCCGCCGCGCCGAAGGCCGUCUCGGAGUGGAAGCGGAUAUUGGAGAACAAGCGUUGGGAACAGCAGGCCUGGGCGAGCUUGAGGGGUGAGCUCGGCUUCGCAGGGAGCGCGCUCGUCCUCGCAGUCGCCGGCCACGGAAAGCUGGCCCUGGCACGAACGAUCACGAUCGAGGGUUGA